AUGCCACAUUCUUCAACAUCGAUCUCUUGGUCAGACCGGAAGGGGCCGGGCAAGGCGGGGGUCUGGCAAAGGGACAGAUCCACAGACAGCCUACCGACCAACCGACCGUUGGUGCUGCUCCCCGCCGGGCCUCCCCGCAGCCCUGGGGUCUGCCCCGGGCCCGCUAUGAAUGCCACCGGGGCCCCGGCACUGGCCCCCGAGUCCUGCCAGCACCUGGUCGCCGAGGACCACAGUCGCCUCAUCCUCCUGCAUUACAACCACUCGGGGCGCCUGGCCUGGCGCCGGGGCCCCGAGGACGGCGGGCUGGCCCCGCUGCUGGGCCUCUUCGUGGCUGUGAGCUGCCUGGUGGUCCUGGAAAACCUCCUGGUGCUGGCCGCCAUCACCACGCGCAUGCGGUCGCGGCGCUGGGUCUUCUACUGCCUGGUCAACAUCGCGCUCAGCGACCUGCUCACCGGCGUGGCCUACCUGGCCAACGUGCUGCUGUCGGGCGCUCGCACCUUCCGCCUGGCGCCCUCGCAGUGGUUCGUGCGCGAAGGCCUGCUCUUCAUGGCGCUGGCCGCGUCCACCUUCAGCCUGCUCUUCACAGCCGUCGAGCGCUUCACCACCAUGGUGCGCCCGGUGGCCGAGCGGCGCGCCACCAAGAGGGUGCGCGUGUGCGGCCUCAUGGGGCUGUGCUGGCUGCUGGCCGCGCUGCUGGGGCUGCUGCCGCUGCUCGGCUGGAACUGCGCGUGCCGCUUCCCGCGCUGCUCCAGCCUCCUCCCGCUCUACGCGCGCGAGUACAUCCUCUUCUGCGUGGUGGUCUUCGCGCUCAUCCUCGCCUGCAUCCUGGUGCUCUACGGCGCCAUCUUCCGGGUGGUGCGCCUCAGCGGGCGCCAGGGGCCCCGCGCGCAACGCCUGCUGCGCACGGUGCUCAUGAUCCUGGCCGCCUUCGUGGUGUGCUGGGGGCCGCUCUUCGGUCUGCUGCUGGCCGACGUCUUCGGCUCCACCGUGUGGGCGCAGGAGUACCUGCGGGGCAUGGACUGGAUCCUGACCCUGGCCGUGCUCAACUCGGCCGUGAACCCGCUCAUCUACUCGUUCCGCAGCCGCGAGGUGUGCCGCGCCGUGCUCGGCUUCCUGUGCGGCGCCUGCCUGCGCCUGGGCAUCCGCGGGCCCGGGGACUGCCUGGCGCGCGCCGCCGAGGCGCACUCGGGCGCCUCCACCACCGACAGCUCGCUGCGGCCCAGGGACAGCUUCCGGGGCUCCCGCUCGCUGAGCUUCCGCAUGCGGGAGCCCCUGUCCAGCAUCUCCAGUGUCAGGAGCAACUGA